AUGUUUUUUGUUUUCGUUUUGUGGCUGAAUUUCUCUUUGUUUCUGAUUCUCUCUGCAGGCCCAGAGCCUGGGGCCCAGUGUGAUGUGUCACCCGUGAACGCCUCCCAUCCCGUGCAGGCCUUGAUGGAGAGCUUCACUGUCCUGUCUGGCUGUGCCAGCAGGGGCACCACCGGGCUGCCGAGAGAGGUGCACAUCCUGAACCUCCGCGCUGCUGACCAGGGGCCUGGCCAGCGCCAGAGAGAGGUCACCCUACACCUCAAUCCAAUUUCCUCAGUCAACAUUCACCACAAGCCAAUCGUGUUCCUGCUCAACUCCCCACAGCCCCUGAUCUGGCAUUUGAAGACAGAGAGGCUUGCGUUUGGGGUCUCCAGACUUUUCUUGGUGUCUGAGGGUUCCGUGGUACAGUUUUCAUCAGGAAACUUCUCUUUGUCGGCAAAAACAGAAGAAAAGAAUUUCCCUGAUGGAAACGAACAUCUGUUAAAUUGGGCCCAAAAGGAGUAUGGAGCAGUCACUUCAUUCACUGAACUCAAGAUAGCGAGAAACAUUUACAUUAAAGUGGGGGAAGAUCAAGUUUUCCCUCCCACAUGUAACAUAGGAAAGAAUUUUCUCUCUCUGAAUUACCUGGCUGAGUACCUUCAGCCCAAGACAGCAGAAGGGUGUGUGAUGUCCAGCCAGCCCCAGGAUAAGGAAGUACACAUCAUCGAGUUAAUCAGCCCCAACUCUAACCCCUACAGUGCUUUCCAGGUGGAUAUAAUAGUUGAUAUAAGACCUUUUCAAAAGGAUCUUGAGGUGCUAAAAAAUCUGAUCCUGAUCUUGAAGUGCAAAAAGUCUGUCAACUGGGUGAUCAAAUCUUUCGAUGUUAAGGGAAACCUGAAAGUUAUUAGUCCUAAUAGUAUUGGCUUUGGGAAAGAGAGUGAAAGAUCCAUGGCAAUGACCAAAUCAACAAGAAAUGACAUUCCUUCUACUCAGGAGAAUCUGGUCAAGUGGGCUUUGGACAAUGGCUAUAGUCCAGUAACAUCCUAUACCAUGGCUCCUGUGGCUAAUAGAUUUCACCUUCGCCUUGAAAACAAUGCUGAGGAGAUGAGAGAUGAAGAAGUCCAUACUAUCCCCCCUGAGCUAAAAAUCCUCCAGGGCCACAGCAUGCUGCCUGCCAUGGAGAAGCCACCCAUCCGCGGAGGGGGCGAACGUGAUAGAGACUUUCUCUUUCAUUUCCCUGACAUCUCCCGGAGAGGCCGAAAGGAAGGGGAGGAUGGGAUCCCCUGGCCGAAGGACCCCAUCCAUCCCAGCAUACAACUGUUCCCUGAUCUCAGAGAGCCAGAAGAGGUGCAAGGGAGCAAGGAUAUUGCCCUGUCAGUCAAAUGUGACAAGGAAAAGAUGAUGGUGGCUAUAGAAAAAGAUUCUUUUCAGGCCAGCAGCCACUCGGGGAUCGAGCUCACUCUAUUGGAUCCUACCUGCAAGGCCAAGAUGAAUGGCACCCACUUUGUAUUGGAGUCUCCCCUGAAUGGCUGUGGCACUCAGCACCAGAUGUCAGCCACUAAUGGCAUUGUUUACUACAACUCUAUUGUGAUACAAGUUCCAUCCCCUGGUGACAGUAGUGGUUGGCCAGAUGGCUAUGAAGAUUUAGAGUCAGGCGAUAAUUGGUUUCCAGGAGAUAUGGAUGAGGGCGAUAUUUCCUUCCCCAGCCGGCCUGAAGUUGUGGUGUUCAAUUGCAGCCUGCAGCAGGUGGGAAGUCCCACCCGCUUCCAGGACCCACGCGACAGAAACGUCUCCUUGAACAUGGAACUGUACCACACUGACCUCUUCCUAGUGCCUGUUCAGGGACUCUUCUCUGUGGCAGAGAAUGGAAACGUUUAUGUUGAGGUGUCCAUUACUAAGACUGACCAAGAACUGGGUUUUGCCAUCCAGACAUGCUUUAUCUCUCCAACUUCAAACCCUGACAGGAUGUCAGAUUACACCAUCAUUGAGAAUAUUUGUCCUAAAGAUGAAUCUGUGAAAUUCUAUAAUCCCAAGAGAAUACAGUUUCCUUUCAUGCCUGCUGAGAUAGACAAGAAGCGAUUCAGCUUUAUUUUUAAGUCCGUCUUCAACACCUCGCUGCUUUUCCUACAGUGUGAGCUAACACUGUGCACCAAAAGAGAAAAGGAUCCCCAGAAGUUGCCUAAGUGUGUGUCUCUGGAUGAAGCCUGUACCUCACUGGAUGCCUCCAUGAUCUGGACCAUGAUGCAGAACAAGAUGACCUUCAUUAAGCCCCUUGUUGUGCUCCGUCACUCAGAAGAAGCUAAAGAAACAGGUCCAAGUCCUAAGGAACCGAAUCAAAUGCCUCCACAGAUUUUCCAUGGUCUGGACACCCUGACUGUGAUGGGCAUUGCAUUUGCAGCAUUUGUGAUUGGAGCUCUCCUGACAGGAGCCUUGUGGUACAUCUAUUCUCACACAGGGACAACAGCAGGAAGGCAGCCAGUCCCUACCACCCCACCUGCCUCGGAGAACAGUAGCGCAGCCCACAGCAUCGGCAGCACACAGAGCACACCUUGCUCCAGCAGCAGCACUGCCUAG